CAGUACCGAGCAGCAAGUCCGCCGUCUAUUGGUGUGCAGUGUGUUCUAUUUGUGUGGUUUCGCAAAGCUUCAAACGAUACGCACGAUGAAGGUGUUCAUAGUGUUAAGUGUUGUACUGGCGUACGCCGCCGCCCGUCCGGAAGCUGGAUUCUCAUCCUACUCGUCCGCUCCAUCGUUCACCUCGAUCGGAGACUUUGGUGGUUACGCAGGUAGUAGCUCCAGCUCCAGCUCUGGAUACAACUACAACCCUGCACCACAGAUCGUCCAGAAGCACAUCUACGUGCACGUGCCACCGCCAGAGAAGGAGGAGGUCCACUACCCGCGCGUUUCCCCGGUACAACCGGCCCAGAAGCACUACAAGAUCAUCUUCAUCAAGGCCCCGAGCCCACCGGCCCCCAAGGCACCAAUCAUCCCGGUGCAGCCCCAGAACGAAGAGAAGACCCUUGUCUACGUCCUGCACAAGAAGCCCGAGGAGCCGCAGGACAUUGUCAUCCCAACGCCACCACCAACCAAGCCAAGCAAGCCGGAGGUUUACUUCAUCAAGUACAAGACCCAGAAGGAAAAGUCUCAGCCACCGACCGAAUACGGACCGCCCGGCAACUCUGGCCCGUACUAA